AUGCUUUUCCUUUCUUUUUUUAAGACAUUGGUUGACCGUGAAGUUACCGUUGAACUUAAAAACGGGAUUGAAUUAAAAGGUACAUUGAAAACAGCAGAUCAAUACUUCAACUUAAAACUAGAUAAUGUUUCCACAACUAAUGAAUUAAAAUUUCCACAUCUUUCAUCAGUCAAGAGUAUAUUUUUAAGAGGGUCUACUGUUAGAUAUGUCUACAUAAGUAAAAAUGAUGUUGAUACCAACUUGCUACAGGAUGCCGCUAGAAGAGAAGCUUUAGCCAACUCUGGUAAACCAAUUGCUGGAAGAUGA